AUGGAGAGAGAUAGUGACGUUGAGAGAGUAAAAUUGAGAGGGGAAUUUUCUUCAGAGAAUGUUUGGACGGCGUUCGUUGAUCAUCUCAGUAAAAGAGUGUCUCGACGAGAGUUAAGGGAGUUGUUUUCAUCUCACGGUCCGGUAGUCAGAGUGUUCAUUCCCAGAGAAACAAGGAAUCCGAAAUACAAAUUCUUCACUUUUGCUUUUGUGCAUUUUGGCAAUGAGGAAAGUCUAAGAAGGGCGAUAGCCAAACUGAAUGGUUCGAUGAUUGAUGGUUGGAGGAUUUCAGUGGGUACUGCAAGAUACAAGGAUGCUAGGGUGAGGUCAGUCGGGAAGAACACUUCUUUGGUGAUGCCUUCAAGGUCGAACACAGAAGAUCUUUCAAGGUUCAAAGAGAAAGGUGUUAUUAACAGGAGUGUAAGGGAUACAAGAUCUUACAAGGAGGCCUUACUGUCUGAUAGAUUGAAGAACAAUGCAUCGGACCAUAGGGAUCGGUCGAUCGAUGGUUUCAACAGGAGGAAAGGUAUAAAAAUAGUUGGGAAAUGCAUAUUCCGUCUGAGAGCUCCAGUUGGGUGA